AUGCCACCGCCGCCGCCGCCACUGCCAUCCUCCGCCUCGUCCUCCGCCCAGUCACCGUCGUCUACCCACAAGCCGGCACGCAAGCCGCUCAGCAUCGAUGAUGUCACCAUCGACUUCUCCGCCAUCGCGACGACCAGCGGCGGGGCGACGGCCCCCACGUCCGCUGCGUCUGGAGCAAUCCCCGGUCUCCUCGAUAUCAUGGCAACGCAGCAGCAGCAGUAUGACGGGGACGGGGGUGCCCAGUAUCGCGGCGGUGGCCGCCGUUACCAGGGCGUGUCGGACGUGCGCGCCUUCGACCCGGGCCUGCAGGGUGUCAUGCAGCGGUACACCAGCAGGGCCGCCAACGCGGCGGGCUCCGUUGGUGGCGGCCCGGCCCGACGCAGAAAGAUCGUCUUCGGUGCGCAGCAGCAGCAGCAGCACGCGUCUGCAGAGGAUCCAGCGCCGCAGACUCCCUCGGCGGCACACUCCGUCGAACCUGCACCGCUGUCGUCCCUCGAGGCCACUCAAGCGGCGCUUGACUUCCUCGUAGAGGCGCAACAGCAGCAGACCUCCGCGGCGGCGGUACAGCAACGCCGCGACGCCUACUUGGCGCAGCUGCGCUGUUUUUGCCAGCGUGGACGCGGGGCGGACGGCCACGGCGCCGGCAGCGCGCAUGCUGAGGCGCCGGCCACGGCGUUCCCUGACGGCAGCCAUGCGCAGACCAACUCGCUUCUGCGGCAACUCUUCGCUGAUGGCGUCCCCGACAUUGAGCCGUGGGACCGCUGGACCUCGACGAUGCCGCGCUACGGCAGCAUCAGCAACAGCGGCGGCGGCGCGCACCUCGUCGUGUCCCCGCUGACGGCCACAGUGGCACAGAUCCGGGCGGCGCAGCUGGAUCUGGUGCAUCACCCCGUGAUUCCGGACACGCACUACACGCAGCACUACGAGUACCGUGACUUAGAGCACCCGGUUAUCCAGAAGGAGUACAAGACGAAAGAGCAGCUGCGUGCCGAGCGGCGGGAGCGACUCAAAGAAAAGCAGGCGAGGGCGCAGCAGAAGGCAGCGGCAGCCCCCGAUGUAGGGGCGUUGCACGACAUUACCGGUAGCAGCCGUGGCCCGACGGUGCUCGCCUCGUCGGCAGCGAGUCGCCUCCUGCACGACCGGCUCUCCACGAAGAACCUUGCCCUGAACCUCUUCGGCUCCAGUGUGCUGAACCCGCUGGCGACAGACACGAAGGUGCUGGAGCAGUACGAGCUGCGCAACUUGGAGCACCAGCGGCGCAACCACGACCGUCACGUUGCCGCACUGCCGGAUCAAAUCCUGAAGCGCGCGCGCGAUCAGCGACGCCACGCAACAGAGGCGCCGCUGCUACGCGCCUACCGCGUCUUCCCGAUCUUCUCCGCGGCCCACCUCGGCAAGCUGCGCAACUUCGCGAACGAUAACUUGCUGCGCGGCUUCGUGUUGUACGUUGGCGACUGCGACGCGGUGAUCGUCCUGGCCGGCGGCGAGGUGGCAGCGCGGCAUCUGGAUCGGUGGAUCAUGCACAAGAUGGACUGGGAGCACCCCGACACGCGCGCCGUGCGGCUCUGCAGCGUGCCGCUGAUGGACGCAGGGAGUUUCUCCUUUCACCUGAAGAAGGCGCGAGGGCAGCCGCACAAGAGGGCCACGACGGCGGCCGGCAAGCGCGACGGCAGACUGGACGACGUGGACGGCGAUGACGCAGCAGAGCCGGUCUUCAUCAACAUGGUGCCCACCGUCGAGGAGGCGGAGGCGUUCCUGCGUCGGCUUCCCGCGCCGUCGAGCCCGUGGUCGGAUUUGUGUGGAGUGUGGCGCGCUGCCUUCUUGCGUGACGGGCUUCAGCUCGCUACCGGAGGACAUCACUAA